AUGGCAGUAUGCAGGGAGUCCAGGACUCUUGGAGGCCUUCAAAGCUCACAUGUCGAUACAAAGACCGUGAAAGAUCGGCUGAUGAAAAGUUUGCAUGCGAAAACCCUUGGCAAGGAGAAUAAUACCGUUGCAAUGAGCAACCUGAGCCAGGUCUUGCAGAGUGGUGGUGAACCAAAGGAAGAACUGGUCAAAAAGACUCAGGAGUUUUGUACCAUGUCUGACUUGUGUCCGCAAGAUAAGCAAACUAUUGCAAAUGUGCUACGACAAAUCUUGCAGCUUACUGAAAUUAAUGAAGAGACCUUGAGCGACCUUCACGAGGAAAGAGAGGCAAAGCGAGUGUUGUCCCAAGAAAAUGAAGACUUGAAAGGGAAGAACUCAGCGUUGGAGUUGAAACUAGAGCAAGCAAUAGAUCUCUUGCGUCAAUACCAAAUACGCAUGAGAGAUCUGUACGAAACUCUGCAAAGAACCGAACAAGAACUAGAGCUCACAAAAACGCUCAGUGUUCGUGAGUGCAAAGAAUGCAAAAUGAAGGUGAAACUGUACUCGGAUGACCAUGAAGAAAAGCAAUUGUGCGAACGUUUUGAAAGCGUGAUUACUGACUCCACCACCCACCUCUUCAAGUCUGUCAAUGAGGAUAAUGAGGAAGAAAUUCCAUCGCCUAAUUGUUCAAUUCCUUCACCACAUCUUCCAAAUACCAUCGAUCAAGCAAUUUCUGAAUUCGCGAAAGCGCUCUCAUUCAAGUAUGGGGGCAUCAUGCAAAUGCCCCAGCUUCAAAAUCGAAAUAACGUUCCAUUCCUGAACAAACCGAAGGAUAUAGAUGACUCCUGUGAUGAAUCGUCGAGAACUACAGACCGUGUGAUUGCAAAGAUCGAGAUGUCGAAAGAUCUAGUGCACACCAAGAGCAUUCGUCACAAACAAGCGGGUCUAACAGCAGACGAUGUGAUUCUCAAUUUCAAGAAGUGA